GCCGCUUUCCGAUUCAAGACGUGAAAAUAGUAGAAAAGCACAAGUCAUACGAGAUAAAGUAGCUACUUCGCGGAAACUUUAUCUCCGCUGAGCAGCAGGCUGUUGUACCGCGCGAACAAGAGAACCAGAAGUAUCGCAGAGCUUCAUCUGCUGUUGCUGCGAGCCUCUAAGCGCUGAACACAUCUCGUCUUCGAACAUCAUUUCCCUGCAACCUGCGCAGGCAGCCGGACCAGGUUAUUAUGGGCCCUGAAGAACCGUCGAAUGCUCAAGAAGCACCGUCGUGGUUGACUAAGGACUACUUUGAAGGAGUCCUCCGUGACAACCUCGAAGACCCAGGGGUGACAGUGGAGAGCUUCGACGUCCGGACCACCACCGUCAAGGGUGACAACUACGCCAGCGUCAUACACAGAGUCGCAGUGACCUGCAGGUCCGGCGACAGCCGGCGGGAGAAGCACUUCAUAGUGAAAUCCCUCCCCGCAAAGGGAUUGGCUCGCAGGUACAUCGAAGAAAUGCGACUUUUCGACAAUGAGAUCUCGGCCUACGCUGUUCUUUUCCCAGCCAUGAGAGACUUGUGCGGCACGGGGGUGGUGUCGCCGAGCUUCUACGCGACCGGCCGAGAGGGCACGGUCAUACUGGAGGACUUGGCACCUCGGGGUUUCAAGAUGGCCGACCGCAAGAAGAGGCUGGAUCUGGUCCACUGCUUUGAGGCGCUCAAGGCUUUGGCGCGAUUCCACGGGCUGUCUCACGCAGUGGCUCAGAGAGAUCCGGCAAUCGCAGACCUCUUUUCUGUGCCUGAGAAGUCUCGGUGGAUGAAAGAAAUGGAGGAUAGCUUCUUUCCUAAAGUUUACUCAUUAUUAGCAUCUAUUGUUGAAAUGUGGCCAGGAUAUGAGAGAUUUUCGGAGAAGUUAAUUUCCUGCAGUGAUGUGAUCAUAAAAAAAGUGAACGCAGGUUUGAAACCUAAUGAAGAAGCUUUUAAUGUUCUUAUUCACGGAGACUUUUGGGUGAACAAUAUGUUGUUUCGAUAUGAUGAAGAAACGAAAAACCUUAUAGAAGUAUGUUUGAUAGACCUCCAGAUGGUAAAAUAUGCAUCACCAGCAAUAGAUCUGCAUUAUUUUUUAUCGUCAAGCUUAGCAGACGGAAUCAGGGACGAGCAUGAAGACAGGCUGCUAGAAUGUUACCACCAAACACUUGUUGACACUCUGGAAUCCGUAGGCCUAAAUGCCGGUGUGUACAGUAUCGAUGAUCUGAAGAAGGACUACGCCGAUAAGGCUCAUGUGGGGUUUCAUUUAGGUGUUAUGGUCUUGGGCGCAGUAGCUGCUGAGCCGAGUGAAGCUUUUGAAUUUGAUAAUGUCACUGCAGAGUCAUUGCAGGACGGUUCUACCAACCCACUGGAGAAAACAUUUCGUGCAAAAGGAUACAGACCUGUUCUGGAAAAACAUUUAUUAUACUACGAAAAAAUGGGUGUACUCUAGUUUGGGUCGAGUAAAGGUUUUGUGCGCAAUAUAUCUAUAAGCCUGCCGCAAAACAGAUUAACAUUUUAGUAGAUAAUGUGUAUUUUCUCAAUUUAGUUUUUUUUUUUAGGUAAAUUCUCUGAACUGUUAAUUUUUUUAUCAAAUCCUCAACUGCAUCGUUUUAUUUUUUUUUUCCCCUUGAAAGUACAAAACACUGUCGAAGAGAAACAUUUGAUGUUUAUCUUAAGUUGUUUUCAGUAACUUGUUCUUUGCAUUUUUUUUCACCAGCAGAUUGAAGUAUUUAUGCCUA